AUGUCUAUUUCAGCUGAUGAGACUGUGGGGGACCUGCCUGUGAGAGAUGUAGGUCUAACUCUAGCUGGAAUUGGAGGAUUACAAGAAUCAUCAAAUACACGGAAUAUAAAAGCUCGACAAGCUGUAUUACGAAUCACUCGAAAGGAACUGGAAGACAGAUUUCUUCGUUUACGUGAUGAGAACAUCUUACUCAAACAACAUGCAAAUAAGCAAGAGGACAAAAUUAAAAGAUUGUCCACCAAGUUAAUACGGCUUGUUAAUGAUAAAAAAAGGUCUGAACAGGUUGGUGGCGGCCCCAAGCGGCUGGGUCGGGCUGUGGAGCUCGAAGAAAUGAUAGAGCAUUUGCAAGAGAGAAUUUGUGAGCUUGAGAAACAUAACGAGAGCCUCCACAGCAAACUCAUUGCAACUAAACAACAGCUCCAGAUUCAAGGCCAUAGGCCUUGCCCAUACAGCUAUGUUCAAUCUCGUAUUAACACUGGUCUCAAGAAAGUGAGCGAGGCUGCUGGCAUGCCGGAGCAGACAAAGAAAGGAAUGAAAUUUCAGGAUUUAGAAGUGAGGUCACCUAACAUUGUGCUCCCAAGAUACGUCCAGAGUCUGCUUGAGGACCCAAGGAGUGAAAUAAGAAAUUUGGAGACUGUGAUUGAGUCCCAGAAGGAACACAUUGAGGAACUAGAACGUGCCCGUGAGAUACUUGUGAGUCAGCUAAGAAGGAAAGAGAAGGAAAAUGAAGUAUCAAUCCUACAGCUGAAAGAACAAGAAACAACAAGCCAAAGACUAAACAUUCGGGACAAUGUGGAAAUGAUCAAGGUCCGUAAACAGCUGGCUGAGAAAAGCAAUGCGCUUUCAGCAAUGGAAGGAAAAUUUCUCCAGCUUGAAGAGAACCAAAGGAACUUGAAGAUGAGCCAUGAUGCUUUAAUAGCAAAAAGUGAUGAACUGAAUCAACAGCUUAAAGAGGAGCGGUUAAAGUGCCUCCAUCUUGAAAAAGAAUUACAGUCAGUGACUAUUGCAAACCGAAGGACAGAAGAGUGUCAGGAAAGAAUAAAUGAUCUAGAAACAGAGAAGGAACUCUUGAGGGAAAACUAUGAUAAGCUGUAUAGCAGUGUCUUCAGUAUGACCCAUGAAAAGCAAUGGAAAUUAAAGGAACAGGAACUGAAGCUGCAAAUUGCUAAACUAGAGACUGCUCUUGAAUCUGGUUUAGCAGACAAAAAUGAAAUCCUUGACAAGAUCAAAGUAGAAAGAGACCAAAAGGAAAAGCUGAUGCAAGAGAACAAAGACCUGCAGUUAUGCUACCUGGAACAUAAGAAACAACUAGAAGAACUGAAAAAUCUCGUGAAGUUUUUGACCAAGGAAGGCAAUAUCGAUGUGGCAGAACUCAGUGAAGCCCUGUCGCUUAUAAAGAUUCAAAAGCAGCAGAAGAAUGGGGACCUUAUGUUUUUGGAAAAAGUAGAUGAUGAUAUCCAUAAAGAUGUCAAACGCUCCAUGCGGGAGCUGCAAGUAACACAUGCAGAAACAGUGCAAGAACUGGAAAAGACAAGGAAUAUGUUAAUUGUGCAGCACAAAAUUAACAAAGAUUACCAGACUGAAGUAGCAGCAGUGACACAAAAGCUGGAAAGUCUACAGAAAGACUGUGAGUUCAAACUGGAACAGUAUGUCCAUCUUCUUGACAUUAGAGCUGCACGCAUCAGAAAACUGGAAGCCCAACUAAGCGAUAUUGCCUAUGGUACAAAACCACGUAAAUCCAGGCCAGAAGUAUUGCCAGGUGUUCCCAUGGAUGAAUUUGACGAAACUUUAUAUUUAGAAAGAGGAGAGAACCUUUUUGAAAUUCAUAUCAGCAAAGUGAUCUUCUCUUCUGGAGCUAUGCACGCUUUUGGUGACGAUGAACCUGCAACUUUUUGUACUUAUGCAUUCUAUGACUUCGAACUUCAGAUAACCCCAGUAGUUUAUGGGCGUACCCCAUCAUACAACUUCACUUCUCAGUAUCUUGUGAAGGCCGAUGACUGCUUCUUGCACUACAUAGAGCAAAACAGUAUCACACUUGAGGUUCAUCAUGCAUAUGGCAUAGAUUAUGAAACAGUUGCUGCAUGUCAGCUGAAGUUCCAUGAAAUCUUGGAUAACAAUGGGAAGAUCUACAGCACAGCAAAUUUAAUUGGAGUCAAUGAUAACGCUCAAAAUUAUGGUACCAUAGAAUACUGGAUUUGGUUACGAGUUCCUAUGGAUCAAGCUAUUAGACUCUACAAAGAGAGGUCAAAGACUCUGGGGUAUAAAACAUCCAAUUUUAGGGAACCAGAAAUCAUGGAAAUAUAAACUCAGCAGAUACUCAGAACUGCCCAAGUCAGCACUUCAACAGAUGGCAAUUUAAAUGAACUCCACAUUACAAUAAAAUGUUGUAACAAUCUACAAUCCCGAAGAAAACAUCUUCAGCCAAAUCCUUAUGUUGUCUACAAGUUCUUUGAUUAUGCAGACCAUGAUACUCCCAUCAUUCCUAGCAGCAACAACCCACAAAUAGAUGACCAUAUGUGUUUCCAAGUGCAAAUGAAUGCAGAUUUAGACCGAUACCUAAAAUCAGAAUCCUUAGCCUUUUAUGUAUUUGAUGAUGGUGCAAUGGAAGAAGGUGCUUAUGUAGGGAAAAAUGUGCCUCUUAUUUCUUUAGCACAUGACAAAUCUAUCUCAGGUGCUUUUGAACUAACAGAUGCUGAAAGACGUGCUGCUGGUGGUACCAUCACAGUUGAAUUAAAAUGGAAUUCUGUCUACCUGCCACCAAGUGGAUCAACAAUGGCUGCAGACUUAUCGAAUUACAUUGAAAAUGAGAAAUCAGUGGCAGCUAAAUUACCAGCAGAGGAAAAAAUGCAGACUCCAGCCGUGUCUCCUUCUUUUACUUCAUCAGUGACAAAACCAACACCCAAACCAAGGCAGCGUGCAGCUCAAGCAGACAAGAAAAAAUCUUUUCUGGAUCUUAGUACAAGACAGAUGGCUGGCUCUGUUGUUGAAAAUAACAUGGAACUUGCACAGAAGAUGGAUGCUUCAAGAGUUCCAAGUGUUUCAGAGCAUGUGGUACAUGAGGUUAAGCAAGAAAAGCUAGCAGAUGGUAAGGCGAAGGAGAUGGCUGAAGAAAUUCCACAGGAAAAAGAAAGCAUCUCUGAUCUGUCAGAGGGGCAAUUGUCCAACCAAAGAUCAGUUACCUCUGGAGAUGGGACAGAAAUAAGUGAAGAAUUGGAACCAGAAGAAAAUGAUUCCACUCAAUCAAAAACUGACAGCGAUGACUGUAUUGUUUCAAGUCCGGUAUCCAAAUAUCUUAAGCAGACAACUGAAAAAAUACGGAUUGAAAUUAUAUCGCUUGGUCUUAGUGAGUCACGAAUUGCAUCAGAUGAAACAAUACAGCAGCUGUUUGUAGAAUGCAGAUUAUACAAUUUCCUUACGGAGGAGACGCCGCUGUCGCUUCCAAAACCAGCGAGUGGUCAGAGGAUUCACUAUAACUAUAGCAGUAUGAUACAUGUGGAUAAAGCAAAUAAUCGCGCAAGAAGAGAGUAUCUCAAGUCUAUGCUUCUGAAGCCAGAUCUACAUACUGACAGCCUACGAUUUACAGUGGUCAGCGAUCCCCCAGAAGAUGAACAGGAUCUUGACUGUGAAGAUAUUGGUUUCGCUUAUGUCAGUUUGAGAGAGAUAUUCCAGAAGCAAAGAGAUAUCAUUGAGCAAGAUAUUGAUGUUUUCGAUUCACAAGAUGAUAGUGCAGUAAUUGGAAAGCUCAAAGUAACAGUGGAAGCCCUCGAUGCGCUGUGUUCAGUCUAUGAGGAAUGCAAACAUGACUGCAAGGCAUGAAAGGGAAGUUUGCCUACAGAAGUUCCUUCUCCCAGUGUAAAUAUAUGCUUGAUAGUGCUUCAAAGAUGAUAUCUUUGUAAUUCUUACAGUGUAUUUAAUGUAUAAUUUAUAUGAAAAGGACGCUUGAUUUGUAGUUGUAAAGUUUUGUAUACUUUUCA